AUGUCGUCCUCAACAUCCUCCUCAUACGUCUUCCCAUCCGAACAAUGGUCGACGCCAGCCACAGCCUCGGAUGCUCAUGAUGAGCUCGCAUCAGAUAAUGACGACCUCGAUUCCCUACCAUCAUCGAUAGAUAGCUCGGAGGAAAGCUCGGAAUACAGCUCGGAUGCGCAGAAGGAGUGGGAGGCUAGCCUGCAACAGAUCGAGCUCCUGCUCACAAUGGUUGUUGUGCCGUACGUGGGGAAAUAUUUCGGGAGGAAGUGUGCUUAUUGGAGCUGGGCGAAAUACAUGGAAUGGAUGUACGCAGUCGAAGUGAGAUAUACGAAUAAGGCGGCAUUUAGAAUGGCUGGGGCUAUUGAAGCAGCAGCAACAUUAUAG